CCCACCCUGCCUCGAUGGCGGCGGCCGAGGCGGAGCUGGCGGAAGCAGCGCACGCGCAGGUGCUGGCGCGGUGGCAAGCCGGACUGGCGCGCCUCGUCAGGGACCCGCUGCUCUGCGAUCUCCCCGCCCAGGUGACUCCCGAGGAGAUCGGCUCGCAGGUGGCGCUCGAGUACGGCCAGGCCAUGACGGUGCGCGUGCGCAGGGCCGACGCCCCCGAGGACCCCAUGCCCGUGGUGGUGGUGCAGAAUGCCAGCGUCUUGGACUUGAAAAAAGCCAUCCAGCGGUUUGUGCAGCUGAAGCAGGAACGGGAAGGAGGCAUCCAGCACAUAAGCUGGAGGUAUGUGUGGCGGACGUACAGCUUAACCUUUGGGGCAGAGAAGCUGACAGAUGACAGGAAGAAGCUCAGAGAGUAUGGCAUCAGGAACCGGGACGAAGUCAACUUCAUCAAGAAACUCCGGAAAUGAACUGCCAGGCAAGUGCCAAAAUACCCAUCCUCCUUUCCGGGUCUUCGGCUGACCGGCCCCAUUCUCGGGCUUGCCUGCUUCUCAGUGACUCUCGGCUCUGCAUAGAGCUCAGGCAGGGCAUGGGCGUCUUCCCCAGACUGCGUCGUCUGUGCAGCAUCCUGGGCUAUCCAAGGCUUUGAGCCCUUUCCUGAGGUUGCUAAGAAACCGACGCUGAACUAGGCGAGAUGUCUUGCGAGAACCUGCUUAGUCGGGUGCCAGAGGCUGCACACUGAGCCGGUAUUUGGGGCUUUCUCUGCUCAGCAACCGGCAGCAUGAAAUGGUCCGUCUGCAGCCAGACACUGCUCCUGGACUUGAGAGAGAAUCGCCAGGCGCUGGGGCAGCAUGCAAGGGUGCCGUUUGGCAGUGAACUCACCUUGGAUGAUGUAGCAGCAUCACAAGGCGCCCUUUGCAGCCUCCAGGGUCUGUCUGAGGUGGCUUCCAAAAGCCAGGCCUUUUUCCUUGCACAGGCUCUGAAUGCAAGCUUGAGUAUCAGUCAAGACUGGAUCUUCCGCCCGAGCAGGGAGUUUGGCUCGAUGGUCUUGUAAGCCCUUCCAGCUCUCCUGUCCUAUGAUCCUGGGGCACAAUUCAAAUAAAAGCUGGAAGCCUGA